ACCUGCGCAACCCCGCCCCGCCUCGCGCGCGGCCUCGUGCUCCGGUUCCCGCCCGGCCUCCGGACCGCGGUACCCGGCCCUCUCCUUCCCGGUCAGGCGGGCAUCCCGCGGCGCAAGCACAAUGCUCUUCUAUUCCUUUUUCAAGUCCCUUGUGGGCAAGGAUGUGGUCGUGGAACUCAAGAAUGACCUGAGCAUCUGUGGAACCCUCCAUUCUGUGGAUCAGUAUCUCAACAUUAAACUAACUGACAUCAGUGUCACAGACCCUGAGAAAUACCCUCACAUGUUAUCAGUGAAGAACUGCUUCAUCCGAGGCUCAGUGGUUCGCUAUGUGCAGUUGCCAGCAGAUGAGGUUGACACACAGUUGCUACAGGACGCAGCAAGGAAGGAGGCCCUGCAACAGAAGCAGUGAUGGCCGCUCCUCCCUUUCCCUCCUUCCAUCGGGAUGAGUGAAUGAGAGUAAUAAUAAUGGGGAGCUGCUCUCCUGUAUUGAGAAGGGGAGGAAAAGGAAGCCCGGGAACUGCGAAGCCUUCCCUGUCCCCAGCACCUGCCUUUCUCACUUCUUCCCUGGAGGUGGGAGAAUCUCCCAGGUCUUUCUAGGGUAGCAUGUGAUUCAUUCUGGGGAUGGAAGGAAUCUGUCCCGCAUCGGGAAUAAAAUUUAUGAUGCAAAUUCGA